AUGAAUUAUUACGAGUGUAGAAAAGAUAGAGUUAAUUUAGAGAAGUUCCUGAGAGUGAAUUCAAACUAUUGCAGCCAUUUAAGCAUGAUGAAUUCCACUUUCUAAAAACUGAUGAGUGAGAAAAUGUGCUCAAAUAUAAAGCUCUCUACCAAGAAUCAAUAUCUGCACUUUGUGUUCAUUCCUUUCGCUAACAAGUACUUGCCCUAGUACUUAAAUGAGGAAAACUAAUUCAAAGAAGCCUUAAUGAUUUUCAAGUUUAUCAAAAACCCCGGUGAAUAUAUCAUCGGAUUGAAUAGUGUAGGAGAUCAAAUCAAUACAAAGCCUUGUUUCGAAAUCGAUGAUGAUUUUUAGAUCCAUCUGCAUGAUAAAUUGUUGUUUAAUGGAGUGGUGAUCCGAAUGAAGGGAGACAACAACCUCGCAAAACUAGAUGAUGAUUAACAGAAUAGACUCUGUAGAAUCGUUUGCAAAAUUGUAAACUACAUGAAUGAAAAAAAUCAGCCAUAUAACUUAAUCAUGAAUACUUUGGGGAUUCAUGUGAUACCUAGAUAGAACGACAAUCUAAUUGAUAAGAAUAUUUUAGGUAUUGCUUUUCUAGAACUUUAUGGAGCAUUGAUACUUAAGUCAGGAGAAAUAUGGGAAUAAAUUAGACAAGCUCCUCAACCAGAAUAAGUUGAAGCUUUAUAAAUAAUAAAUAGGACAAGUCAUAAUGAGAUUUACGAAAAAAUUGAUGCCAAUAUAUUUGAACUUAUCAGAGAAAAAGUAGGUAUUGAUGAUGAGACAUUUACCAUCUUCUUGAAGGAAAUUAAGACUAUUUUAUUACAAUAUGAAAAUUGA